UUUGGGGACUUGGACCAGGUGCGGAUGACAUCAGAGGGCUCCGACUGCCGCUGCAAGUGCAUCAUGCGGCCGCUGAGCAAGGACGCCUGCAGCCGGGUGCGCAACGGGCGCGCAAGGGUGGAGGACUUCUACACCGUGGAGACCGUGAGCUCCGGGGCCGACUGCCGCUGCUCCUGCACCGCGCCACCCUCCUCGCUCAACCCCUGUGAGAAUGAGUGGAAGAUGGAGAAACUCAAAAAGCAGGCGCCUGAGCUCCUCAAGCUGCAGUCCAUGGUGGAUCUCCUGGAGGGCGCCCUGUACAGCAUGGAUCUGAUGAAGGUGCACGCCUACGUCCACAAGGUGGCCUCCCAGAUGAACACACUGGAGGAGAGCAUCAAGGCCAACCUAAGUCGGGAGAACGAGGUGGUGAAGGACAGCGUGCGUCACCUCAGCGAGCAGAUGAAGAGUUAUGAGAACCACUCAGCCAUCAUGCUCAGCAUCAAGAAGGAGUUAGCCAACCUGGGCCUCCAGCUGCUGCAGAAGGAUGCAGCGGCCGCCCCUGCUACCACCCCUGCCACGGGCCCUGGAAGCAAGGCUCAGGACACAGCUGGAGGGAAAGGCAAGGAUACCAGCAAAUACAACAGUAUGCCAAAGAACUUUGCAGACAAGGUCCUCACAAAGGCUCCUAAGGAGAAGCUGCUGAAGGUGGAGAGAUUGAGGAAGGAGAGUGCCAAGGGCCGAUUCCCCCAGCCCACAGCCAAGCCCCGGGCCCUGGCCCAACAGCAGGCGGUGAUCCGGGGUUUUACCUACUACAAGGCAGGCAGGCAAGAGGCAACAGAGGGCGUGGCUGACAACGCCCUCAAGAGCACUUCCUGGCUGGAACAGCAGCCGCCCAAGGUUGAAAGCAAGCCUCCUGAGCCCAACUCAGCUGAGCAGGAUGAGGCUGAGCCCAGGGUGUCAGAGAGGGCAGACUCCACCCCUGCCACCCCCACCACAGAUCCUGCCACCCCCACCACGGCUGUCUCCACCACCCUGGCUCCCACCACUAGUCCCCCGCCCACAGAGCCACCUUCACACACAGAAGACCACAGCCAAGGCAGCUGUGAGGGCACCCUGCGGGCUGUGGACCCCCCCGUGAGACAUCACAGCUACGGCCGCCACGAGGGAGCCUGGAUGAAGGACCCCACAGCCCGGGACGACAGGAUCUACGUCACCAACUACUACUAUGGAAACAGCCUGGUGGAGUUCCGCAACCUGGAGAACUUCAAGCAAGGCCGCUGGAGUAACAUGUACAAGCUGCCCUACAACUGGAUCGGCACCGGCCACGUGGUGUACCAGGGCGCCUUUUACUACAACCGGGCCUUCACCAAGAACAUCAUCAAGUACGACCUGCGCCAGCGCUUCGUGGCCUCCUGGGCGCUGCUGCCCGAUGUGGUGUAUGAGGACACCACCCCUUGGAAGUGGCGUGGCCACUCGGACAUUGACUUUGCUGUGGACGAGAGCGGCCUGUGGGUCAUCUACCCCGCCGUGGAUGACCGUGACGAGGCCCAAUCCGAGGUGAUCGUGCUGAGCCGCCUGGACCCCGGCGACCUCUCUGUGCACCGGGAGACCACGUGGAAGACGAGGCUGCGGCGGAACUCCUAUGGAAACUGCUUCCUGGUGUGUGGCAUCCUGUACGCCGUGGACACCUACAACCAGCCGGAAGGCCAGGUGGCCUAUGCCUUCGACACGCACUCGGGCACCGACGCGCGCCCGCAGCUGCCCUUCCGCAACGAGCACUCCUACACCACGCAGAUCGACUACAACCCCAAGGAGCGCGUGCUGUAUGCCUGGGACAAUGGCCACCAGCUCACCUACGCCCUCCACUUUGUGGUCUAAUGGCCCUGAGCUCACAGAGGUGGGCAGGGGCACGGGGGGGGGUCCCAUGUGGCAAUUCACGGGGCCUCUGGGGCUGUGGUGGAGGCAGCCGGUAGCCAAGAUGGUGCUCCCCUAGUAUCAAGCAGGUGAUACUUGGCUCCAUGGGCAGAGCACUGUGCCAGGGCCUUUUUGAGCAUUUACCCCUCUAAUCCACCCCAGGCCUCCCUUGGAGGCCCAUGUCACAGACAGGCUGUGUCUCACAGUAGCCCCUUCCUCCAGAUGAGAUUGGCCACGCCCUCCCCCCCCCAGCCCUCUCCUCUC